AUGUCUCUUGCGUACUCAGCCAAGAACGUUCCCAAGCAGGUCUUCAUAAAUAAUGAAUACGUCAACUCGAAAAGCUCAAAGAAGCUUUCGCUGUAUAACCCCACAGAUGGUUCGUUGAUCUCAGACGACAUACCGCUCGCUGGAGAGGAAGAUGUCGACGCAGCAGUUGCCGCUGCCGAGAAGGCUUUCGUCGGGUGGAAGAAGACUAGCCCCACCGAAAGGCGCAAUAUCAUGUUGAAGUUUGCAGAGCUCGUCGAGAAGAAUGCUGAAUCCAUUGCGGAACUCACACGUGUGUCGCUUGGAGCGCCAUACAAGGCUUUUGGAGCUUUCGAGAUCGGGCUAUGCGCAGAAACUUUCCGAUACAACGCCGGCUUCAUCGACAAGUUCGGAGGAGAAUCAUGGCCACAGGACGACGGUUUCCUCAAGAUCGUGCGCAACGAGCCUCUCGGUGUCACUGCGGGAAUCGUGCCAUGGAAUGGCCCUAUUGGAACCAUCGGUCUCAAGGCCGCACCCGCACUCGCGACAGGAAACUGCUUCAUCUUGAAGCCAUCAGAGAAGACACCUCUCUCUUCACUCGCUCUGGGUACCCUGAUCAAGGAAGCCGGGUUUCCACCAGGUGUUUUCCAGAUUCUCUCUGGAGAUGGAAGCACCGGUGCCAUCAUUGCAAGCCACAUGCGCAUCCGCAAGGUCUCUUUUACAGGAUCAAUUCCUACUGGCAAGAAGAUCCAGGAAAUGGCUGCAAAGUCGAACCUGAAGCGUGUAACGUUGGAGCUCGGCGGCAAGUCCCCCGCCGUGGUAUUCGAUGACGCAAAUCUCGACAAUGCCGUCACGUGGUGCGCCAACGCCAUCACCGCCAACACCGGCCAAGUGUGCUUCGCUGCCUCGCGUGUCUACGUGCAAGAAGGCAUCUAUGACAAGUUCAUCGAGGGCUACAAGAAGGCAAUGCAAGCCAAGAAGAGCGAGGUCGGUGACCCAGAGAAAGAGGGUGUCAACAUCGGCCCGCUCGUCGACGAAGCGCAAUUCAAGCGCGUUUCCGGCUUCAUCGAGCGCGGCCAGCAAGGCCAGGGCAAGCUGCUCGUUGGAGGCCAACGGAUCGGCGACAAGGGCUUUUACAUCGAGCCUACAGUGUUCACGGAUGUUGACCCUAACUCUGAGAUCCACUGCCAAGAGAUCUUUGGUCCUGUUUCCGUUGUGAAAUCUUUCAAAACGGAAGAGGAGAUCAUGAAACUCGCUAAUGGUACGGAUUUCGGUCUUAUGGCUGGCGUGUUCACACAAGACAUCAACAAAGCGCUACGGGUUGCAUCGGACUUUGAGUCGGGUAUGGUCGGUGUUAACUGUGUUAGUUUGAUGUUCGGAACUACGCCAUUUGGUGGUAGCAAGCAGAGUGGUCUGGGACGAGAGUGCGGUAUCUACGCGCUGAGGGCGUUUACGGAGCCGAAGACCAUCAUGGUCAAUUUGACGUACUAG